AUGGUCGGAGAGAAAAGUAGAUCUGUCUACAGGAAGAAAAGAAAAAGAAAUUUUUCUGGAAGGCGAAAACAAAAAGAAGAGUCUGAAGAAACAGCUCCUGAUGUUGGCGAAAUCGCCGCCUCAACUCCGAGCACUUUGCGGGAUGAAAAUCAGCUCUCCGACUCGGACUCUAAAGAAACCGUUGGUUCCUCUAGAAAGAAAAUGAAAUAUGCCGACGAGGAGCUUCUUUUAGACAGCUCUGAUGAAGAGUAUACCUUCAAUACCGAGGAAAGCGAGGGAUAUAGAUUAAUAAAUGUGAAAAAUUUAUCCACGGCCGUCUCAAAGGCACACAUGUGUGAGAAAGGUGAGAAAUUUUUUGAAAUCUAUGUCUUUCUCUGUUUUAGAUUAUGACUUAUUUCCCAUAUCAUAUCGACCCUUAGUUCCAGUUUUUCCCUGCUAAAUACGCUGAUUUAUCUAUUAAAUCUUGGAUUGGGUAAGAGAAAGAUUUUUAGGUAUUGUGCAUAUACACUGUAAACAAAAAAUUAUGGGGAAAAAUCACAGAAUGUGUAUUUCUGACUUGAGGUCUUUACUUUGCUUAUAAUAAAAUUGCCCGAUUUAUUUUACAAUUUUCACUUGAUUUGUCUUUAGGCACCUUAACUCUUGAGGAAGAAAAAAGUGCAAGAGCAGGGCUGAUGUCACAUUUUUCCCUUCAGUGCUGUUCCUGUGAGGAAUCCAGUCCACUUCCAACAUCCAGUGGUGUGACCCAGCGAGGGAAAUCAUAUGACAUUAACCGCCGAGUUGUCGAACAUGCUAUAGAGAGUGGCAGUGGUUACGAAGGCCUUGCCACAUUCUGUGGUAUAAUGAAUAUGCCCUGCCUUUCUAAGCCUGCUUACUACAAACAAGUGGACAACAUCCUGGAAGCUCUUGAGGAUGAAGCAAAGGAGGACAUGAGAAAAGCUGGAGAGAGACUUGGGCAGCAGAUUUUGGAAGAAAACCCAGAAAAAGAUCUGGAUGAUACUCUGGAUGCUGUUGUAAGUUUUGAUGGCACUUGGGCCAAACGAGGGUUUACCUCAUUAACUGGAGUGGUUUUUGUCAUUUCAGUGGACACUGGUGAAGUUUUGGACUACCAUGUCCUUUCAAAGGCAUGUCAGAAAUGUGCUUUAAAGAAAGCAAAAGGUGUAAAUGAGGAAGAAUUUGAGGAGUGGUUGUUGGAACAUGAAUGUGACAUUAACUUUGCUGGUAGCUCACCAGCAAUGGAGUGUGAAGGAGCUGUAGUCUCGUGGGAAAGGUCAUUGGAACGUCACAACCUGAGGUACAGAUGGAUGGAUGAUGAGCGAUGGUGA